AUGUCCGAAUCGUACCACCAAACUGCCGUCGCAAGUCUUCGCGACGGCAAUCUCUUCAUCAAAGAUGCUUUUAUAGAGGGGAAGUGGACAGCCAAGGAUGCCACAUUUGAUGUCUACGAGCCAUCUACUUCGACCGUUCUUGGCCGUGUGGCAAACUGUAAUCGAGAAGAUAUUCAAAAAGCGGUUGAAAGUGCUGCAAAGGCACAGCCAACCUACUUCCAGAAUACCACAGGGAAAAGCCGAGGCGCUCUGUUAAGGAAGUGGCACGACUUGAUCAUGGCCAAUGCAGAAGACAUUGGAACCAUCUUAUCACUGGAAAAUGGCAAGACGUUUUCUGAAGCUAAAGGCGAAGUUGUGUACGCCGCAAGCUUCAUCGCCUGGUUCGCUGAGGAGGCCACAAGGUCGUACGGUGUUACCAUUCCAUCCUCAACACCGGAUACUACCUUACUUACGGUUCGAGAGCCUGUUGGAGUUUGUGGCAUCAUUACUCCGUGGAAUUUCCCCGCGGCCAUGAUCACCAGGAAGGUUGCGCCCGCGCUUGCUGCUGGGUGUUCCGUUGUCAUCAAGCCCCCUAGCGAGACUCCUUAUACUUGUCUUGCCUUGACCAAGCUAGCUGUUGAAGCUGGUUUUGCACCGGAGCUCAUACAAGUUUGUCCUACUAAAGAUCGUGACGCAGCAACGGAGUUAGCUACAAAUCCGCUUGUUAAAAAGAUUUCGUUUACUGGCUCGACAGGGGUCGGGAAAAUGCUCGCUCGGCUAGCAUCUGGCACGCUGAAAAAGGUGAGCCUGGAACUAGGUGGCAAUGCCCCAUUCAUUGUCUUUGAUGAUGCAGAUCUCGACCUAGCGGUGGAAGGUGCCAUGUUCUGCAAGUUCCGCUGCUCAGGGCAGACUUGUGUCUGCGCCAACCGAAUCUACGUACAGAGAAAUGUCGCCAAGGAAUUCACCACCAAGCUGAUAGAGAAAGUAUCAGCGCUGAAAAUGGGCCCUGGCCUUGAUGAUUCGUCUACACAAGGUCCUCUCGUGAACAAGGCUGCGGUCAAAAAGGUACAAGAACACGUUGAUGACGCGGUCAGCAAAGGUGCCAAGGUAGAGCUGGGAGGAAGUGCCCGACAAGACUCGAAUGGUUACUUCUUUCAACCCACGAUCCUCUCAGGUGUCACUAAAGAUAUGGCUGUCGCUCGAGAUGAGACGUUCGGCCCCUUGGCCCCCAUCUUUGAGUUCGACACAGAAGAUGAUGCUGUCACACUCUCGAAUGACACCGAGUUUGGCCUUGCCGGAUACUUCUUUUCUCGCGAUGUUAGUCGCGCAAUGCGGGUAGCGCACAAGCUGCAGGUUGGCAUGGUGGGCGUUAACACGGGCAAAAUCAGCGCAGCCGAGGCACCUUUUGGUGGUGUCAAGGAGAGUGGGUAUGGAAAGGAAGGCAGUUUAUAUGGACUGGAAGAAUAUCAGAUUACGAAGAGCAUUACCUUUGGCAAUUUGAAAGCCGGCCUAUAG